GAGUCGGUUAUAGAACACGCUGGUAUUUUACUAACGAAAUAUGAAUAUAACGUUGUUCUGUUUUGUAAUAGUAUUUGUAGAUAUCAACUGUUUAUAUGUGAAUACAAGGCACAAGGACGUCAAGAGACGGAAUAUACUUCUGAGAAAACUGCAAAGCUUGGAUUAUAAUUUACAAAAUUCAUCACAAACGCAAACAUGGAGCGAAACUCUAGCUGAUGCGUUCGUGAAUCGAAUAUUCACGUUCAACGCGAGAAGCAAUGAGGGAGGAAAUAAUAGCAAUGACGGAACAUACAAAAGGAAUUUAUUUGUGAAACCCUUUACCAUACUAAUCGAAUGGUACAAAGCUAAUAUAUAUGAUAAAUAUAUAAAGAAUAUCACGAUACGAAACAGCGUCAAUAACUUUACGCUGUUACAAAAUAAAACGAUCGAUUUUUCGGACAAUCCGAAGAGUGAUGUGGAAAUUAUUGAACCAGCAUACCGCGGAAAGAUGUGUGAUAAUUGUAGAGAUGCACCUGAUGACAUUGAAGUAAAAACCGAUAACCAGUGUGAAAACGGCUUAGAAAUGGAUGACAGUGGCAACUGUGUUGACAAAAAAGUGUCCAAAUUUAUUCUGGCCAUUCCAUAUCAAUGCCCUAUUGGUUAUAGACGAGACUCGCACGGAUACUGUAGAAUAACGUUGCAAUAAUAUCACGACAUAGUUGAACUGUAAAAUAAAUAAACGAUUUGAAUUUAAGCCGAUCGAAACGAAUCAUCUGGCCCCGAAUGUUUAUUUAGCCAUCACAAAGUAAUUUCUAUCGUGUACCAAACAAGUAUUUUACGUCAGACAAUCGACAGAGUCAAUUUCACGGUGUGCUGGCCACCAAAGAAGUCCGGAUGUACCUGGGAUCAAACGGACAUUCGGAGAAUGACGGUGAACUCACUCGAUACACGUGAACCAAAAAAUAAGGAGACCAAAAUUAUACUGAUCAAACAUUAUCUAUAUGACCAUGAAAUUGUUUCUAGUAAUUUUGUUUUGUUUGUUUGUUUUUUUAUAUAAAUUAAUAAUAACAGUUUCAUACAACCUAAAA